GCCCAAUCACUUCUGGAAAUCAUUUCUUUUUGGUGAGCAGGCAAAAGCAUCAACAAAACAAAAUAGAAAAGAGAAAAUAUGGUUCAAGUAAAAAUUAAAAAACCAAAUGCCGUUUUGUUUGAUAUCGCGGGCACUGUAGCACGUGAAUCAUUUGUGGAAAAAUUAUUGAUACCUUAUUUCAAAGUUGCAUAUCGGGUCUAUUUGGAAAAUAAUUGGGCCAAACAGGAAUGUAAAGAUGCGGUGAAAAAAUUGGCCGAAGCAGCGGAAAAAGAUUCAAAAGCACCGAAAAUACAGCUCAAUGGAUCCAAUUCAAACACAUCGAUGAAUUCAAUGAAAAGUGCCAGCACAAGUGCUUCGCGAAAUAAGAAAAAAGAACAAAUCGAACAAGUUGCCAAAUAUGUUCAAUACUUGAUCGAUACUGAACGGGAAAUCAAGGCAUUGGCUUUCUUUCGCUUUCAAGUUUGGUUCGAUGGCUAUGAACGAAAUAAACUGACAACGCCAGUCUAUUCGGACGUAGCCAUCACGGUACAACGAUGGAAAAACACUAAAGGAAUCAAACUGUACAUCUUAUCCAACGGUUGGGCAGAAGCAAGUCGCAAAUUCAUGUCGAAAACAUCACAUGGCGAUUUGAACAUGGUCAUCGAUGAUCACUAUGACACAUCCAUCGGUAGUCUACUCAAUCAGGACACAUUCACUAAGGUUGCAGCCAAAAUUAAACAAAGUCCAGCCGAUGUUGUAUUUUUGACCAAAUCAGCCGAACAGGGUAAAGUAGCCAAACAGGCCGGCUUGAAUGUGAUUCUAGUGUUGACACAUGGUCCAGCUGUCGAUCAAGCAUUGGAAAUCUGCAAAGAUAUUCCCAUUGCAAGGACAUUCACCGACAUUGAAUUCGUCUAACCAAAUGAUGAUUGGCAACAAAGUAAAACUUUGAAAUUAUCAAUUUUUAUAUAAAUAAACACAGAGUAAUUCAAUGAU